AUGACGAGCGAUGAUGAAGACGAAGAAGAAAUUGAACCAAAGAACGAAGAAGAUCGCGCAUUUCUCGAUGAUGAGACAGAAGAACAGGAAGAUAUAUCUUUUUACAGAAGUCUGAACGUAGAGCUAGACAGUGAGAGGAGACAAGAGAGAAGACAACAGCGACAACAGGCAUCCCAGUAUGAAGAUGUGUUGUUCGGUCAAGAACAGACCAGCGACAACAAAGUGUUGAACGAACUAGAAGAAAAACUGAACGUUUAUCUUAAUGAACUUACCCGUGCUAGGCUUUAAUUAUUGCAAGUACGAUCUCAACGCUGUGAAAAAAUUUCUGUCCCCGUACCUGAUAGAAAAUCACCCCAUCAAGUUCACUAUCAAAAGAAACAACAACCAUAUGUGUAUCAAGACCGAAUACCUCAAGCUCCUGGACAUUUCGAACUAUGUUGCGCCGGGAUUCAGCUAUGACCAGUUUCUAAGAGCGUAUGAAUGCGAGCAGACCAAAGGUUUCUUCCAGUACGAGUGGGUCGAUGGGUUAGAUAAGCUGAACGAGACAUCACUAUCCCCUCAUGCUUCUUUCUAUUCAUCUCUCAAAAACACCAGCAUAACAGCACAAGAAUAUGAGUAUUACCAGUGA